AUGACUGCACAAAUUUUACCGAAUGGCAGUGCCAUUGUUCUUCGCACCGCUUAUUCGACACUCAAAGGCCAACUCGUUCGCUCGAUCAUGUACCCGAAGCCAAUCGAUUUUCGGCUCACGAAGGAUUUGUUCAAAUUCGUUCUAUUCCUCGCGUGCAUCUCGGGAUGCGGUUUCAUCUACACAAUCAUUGUGAUGAUUUCGCGCGGUAGCACUAUUCAUAAGGUUAUCGUUCGAGCGCUUGACAUCAUCACGAUUACGGUGCCGCCUGCUCUGCCGGCCGCCAUGUCCGUCGGUACUAUCAAUGCUCAGUUGCGGCUCAAGAAGCAACAGAUUUAUUGUAUCUCGCCGUCGUGUAUCAACACUUGUGGAGCGAUUAAUGUUGUUUGUUUUGAUAAAACGGGUACUCUAACUGAAGACGGGCUCGAUUUCCACGUAAUGCGACCGGUGAUGCGCGACGAGAACACCAAAGAGAUUGGAUUCCUCAACGAGGUUACCGAGAUGGACCGCGAGAAUUUGCCAAUGCGCGGCGAGAUUGUCAACGCGAUUGCCACAUGUCAUUCAUUGACGCGAAUCAACGGAAUUCUUCACGGCGAUCCGUUGGAUUUGAUUCUGUUCCAGAAGACUGAGUGGAGCAUCGAAGAGGGCGAUAUUGAAGAAGAGACGCAACUUUUCGACAGUGUUCAACCAUCGAUUGUCAAGCCGCCGAAGGUGGAAGGCAAAAAGGAUGAGGAAUAUUCGGUGAUCAGGCAGUUCACAUUCAGCUCGUCUCUUCAACGAAUGUCGGUAAUCGUUUAUGAUCCAGCGGUGGAAAGGCCGGAUAACAUGGUUCUCUACUCAAAAGGAUCCCCAGAAAUGAUUCUAUCGUUAUGCGAUCCGAAAACUGUUCCGGAUAAUUAUUUGGAUGUUGUCAACGCCUAUGCCCAACAUGGUUUUCGCCUUCUCGCUGUUGCGCGAAAAUCGUUGAACAUGAACUUCAAUCGAGCCGCCAAAGUGCCAAGAACGACGGUGGAAUGCGACUUGCAGCUUCUCGGAUUGAUUGUGAUGGAGAAUCGCGUGAAACCGGUCACACUUGGUGUUAUCAAUCAGCUGAACCGGGCCAACAUUCGAACCGUAAUGGUGACCGGUGACAAUUUGCUCACCGGGUUGUCGGUGGCUCGCGAAUGCGGAAUCAUUCGGCCGCAGAAGCGUGCGUUCCUCAUUGAGCAUACUCCCGGUGCCACUGAUGAAUUCGGCCGAACGAAACUCACACUGAAGCCAUCUGUCUCGUCAUCGGAUGAGGUGAUUGAAGACGACACCUCGUCAUUUUCGUCGGACAAUCCGCCAUGGAAACAAUCGACCGUCGGUAUCAAUUCGGUGGCAAAUGAGCAGCCGACGUUCGGGGAGCACGAGCUAGGAAGUUUUGUUAGCAGCUCGUAUCAUUUGGCCAUUUCGGGACCAACAUUUGCCGUAAUUGUUCACGAGUAUCCGGAGCUCGUCUCGAAACUUGUUUGCGUUUGCGAUGUGUUCGCGAGAAUGGCGCCUGAUCAGAAGCAGUUGCUCAUCGAGGAACUUCAAAAUGUCAACUACACGGUGGCGAUGUGCGGCGAUGGUGCCAACGAUUGCGCAGCGCUGAAGGCCGCCCACGCCGGAAUCUCGCUGUCCGACGCGGAGGCCUCGAUUGCAGCUCCAUUCACUUCCAAGGUUCCCGACAUUCGAUGUGUGCCAACCAUCAUCAGCGAAGGCCGGUGCGCGCUGGUCACAUCGUUCGGCAUCUUCAAAUACAUGGCCGGCUACUCGCUGGCUCAAUUCGUCACCGUCAUGCAUCUCUAUUGGAUCGGCAGUAUUCUCACCGAUGGUCAAUUCCUCUACAUUGACAUGUUCCUUAUAACGAGCUAUGCGAUUCUAUUCGGAAACACGCCUGCGUUUCCGCAUUUGGCUCAUUCGCCUCCACCCACUCGCCUUUUAUCGAUUGCAAGCGUCGCUUCAGUCAUCGGGCAGCUCUUCAUUGUCGCCGUCUCGCAAUUCAUUGUCUUCUAUGCGACGUCGCAGCAGGAAUGGUUCGUACCGUAUAAGCCGCCUGGACCAGAUGAGGAAGAAGAUAAACGAAGCAUGCACGGAACCGCGAUUUUCUGCGUCUCCAUCUUCCAGUACAUCUCAUUGGCUUUGGUGUAUUCGAAGGGACCACCAUACCGAGGAUCGAUUCGCUCCAACAUGCCGCUGUGCAUUUUGACAAUUGUUACAAUCACCUUCUCGAUUUUCAUUGUCUGCGGAGGAAAUGAGUUUCUGCGCUACUGGCUAGGAUGCGUCGAAUUGCCGUCGCGCAACUUCCAACUAUUCAUUUUGUUCGUCGUCGUCGGCAACACAAUCGCUUCGUUCGUGUUUGAGAAGUUCUUUGUUGAGAUAUUCCUUCUUGGAUAUUGGGAACGAUAUAAGAAAAAGAGGAGCAUUGAAACUAUUGUGGACUAUAACCCAUAUGGCGAGCGGCGUGUAUCGAAGGCUGAAAUUGGGACGGCGAGAACUGAGGCAGCUUUACUCGCCGGUGAGAUUAAUAUGAAUAAAAAGAGUUCGGUGCAGCAAGAGCAAUGUGAGAACAGUGCUCUUUUUGAACGAAUCAUUUCCCGAAUUGGUAGCGAACCGUCAUGGAUUACCAACAUUCGUCAACCGCUGAUUGAACGCGAGGAAGCGAAGGAAACUGAUUUUCUUUCCACCACAUUUUAA